AUGCUCGGCAGCAUUCUUCCCUUCGACGAGGAGAAGGUGGACCGCGUCAGUGACUACUGCGAGAAGCGCUCCCUCAACAUCCCUGAUACCCUUGCCGACCACUGGGAGUGGACCCGCACCCGCUUCCCCGAUGCCGACAAGAUGUCGAGCUGCCUCCAGGGCUCGUGGAUGAUCUUCACUGCCAGAGACCGCAAGCCGAAGCGGAUCCUGGAGAUUGGUUGCUACUCUGGCUACAGCGCACUGGCCUGGUACGAGGGUACCAAGGACACCAAGGCCGAGAUUGUGACGCUGGAGUACAGCCCCAAGAUGAUCGCCGCCUCCCGCGAAGCCUUUGCCAAGUACGGGGUUGAGGACCGCGUCACCCUGAUCGAGGGCCCCGCGGAGAAGACGCUCAAAACCUUGACGGGCGAGUUCGACCUCAUCUUCGUCGACGCCAACAAGGACGGCUACGCCGGAUACGUCAAGACGAUCCUGGACCAGAAGCUCCUCUCUCCCAACGGCGUCAUCCUCUGCGACAACGUCUUUGCCCGCGGCCUUUCGAUUGGUCCGGACUGCGCCCCGUGGCUCAACGACCACGUGCGCCCUUACUGGCUCAGCUGCGGCGAGGCACUGGAACAGUUCAACUCUGGCCUGGUGCAGGACUCCCGCGUUGACGUGCUGCUGCUGCCCCUGUUCGACGGUGUCACCCAGAUUCGGUGGAGGGACCAGGUCAAGGCUUAA